GAAGAGGUGGAGGCGGCGGAGGAGGAGGAGGAGGAGGAAGAAGCAGAGAGCGACGAAGUAGCUUGGCCAGAAAUAACUAAUAAGACAUUCACUCUGAGACGGGCGGCCAGCCGGCCCGGACGAACGCGCUGUCACAGCGCCGGAUAUUGGUGAACGAAAAGUGCGACAACUUGGGGCCCCCAUAGAGAGGGCCCCCAACCGGAAGAGGCCGCCGUAAGGCGGUCAAGCUCGCUUAGGCAUGGAGCAGUUCGAGCAACUGCUAACGUGCGCGAUAUGCCUGGACCGCUACAGGAACCCAAAGCUACUGCCAUGCCAGCACAGCUUCUGCAUGGAGCCGUGCAUGGAUGGCCUGGUCGACUACGUGCGUCGACAGGUGAAAUGUCCGGAAUGCCGUGCGGAACAUCGUAUACCCUACCAGGGAGUUCAGGCGUUCCCUACCAACGUCACCCUGCAACGAUUCCUGGAAUUGCACAUCGAGAUCACGGGAGAAUUGCCUGACCCGACCAGCGGCCAGACAAUGGAACGUUGCGGCGUUUGCUCGGAGAAAAGCUACUGUUCCCUCUGUGUCCACUGUGAGAAAAAGUGUUGCCCUGAAUGCAAGGACGCUCACAUGGACAUUCUAAGGCGUGAGAUCACGCGCAUCAAUUCCCAGAUACGCAGAGGACUGCACAGGUUGCAGGACGCGCUCGCUUUGGUGGAGAAAAACACGUUGGGUCUGCAAACAAACUGCGCCUCGGUCGCGGAAGAGGUGGACGAGAUUUAUCGGAGGCUGAGCAAGGCUUUGAAAGACCGUACGGAACAUCUGCGUAACGAGGUCGAUCGAUACCUGAGCACCGAGCUCAGAGGCCUGAUUCAGCUCAAAGAGAAUCUCGAAUUGGAGAUCGCGAAUAUCCAGAGUAACUGCGAUCUGGCCGAGGCUCACAUCAACGAGAACGUACCGUGGGACGAUUCGGAGCUCCUCGACACAAAAGAGCUCUUCCUGCGUACGGUGGAAUUCAUCAGGAACUUCGAGUACGAAGCAGGGGAUUACAGUAGGCGGGUGCGUUUCGUGAUGGCUCACGAUCCGAACCAGCUGGUCCUCCAUGUAGCUGGUUACGGCGAGCUGAAUAUUAAGCCGGAGACCGGAAGCGGAGGAUUGCUGGGUAGCUCGAGCAGUCUAGCACCUCCCGGUGGAUCACCUGGCCUCAUGAGAAGCAAAAGCGACCAUCGUCUGGCUUCGCAAUACCGACAGCAAGAGGAGGAACGUCUGGCGAGAAAUCGAUACGUACCGGAAUACGAAUACGACGCGCCAGAAUACGAGGUCCCGAGGAACAAAUCGAGGUACAGGAGUCGAUUUAUGCGACAUCGCGACGGAGACGAUUCCGACGGGGACUCGAGGUCGACCGUCAGAUUCACGUCGACGCCACAGGAAUCCUCGGGGCUCCGUGAACGUGUUCUGGACACGGAGGACGCGGCACGUGGACCACUUUCCGGGAUUUUUCGUCUCACGGAUUCACCGCGUAUCAUGAAAAAGCUCCAGGACUACGAACGUGCCGGCAAAAGGAAGAAGGAGGAACCAGCGGCGCCUCAUCCCGCUCAACAACCUCAACCACCAAAGCCCCAGGUGCAAGUGAGAAAAGUGCCGACAGCGAUGGCGAGGCAGACCAGCGAGGACGACGAGAUUUCUAGGAUUAAGAAGCAGAAUAAAACCGCGGCCACACCUGCUACUGAAACGGUGGAGGAACGACAACCGGUGCAAACACCUGCACCGCCGCACACACCCUCCAGGGAAGCACCGCCUGAACGAGAACCUGAGGAACCUGCGAGAAGACCGAUGCCCGCGAGGAGAACUUCGACGGAUACCCACACUCCUGCGACGAGAAGCGCUUCAUCAGACUCGAGCACGGGCUCGGAGAGCUCAGGAGGAUCGGGAAUCCGCAGCACGGGUGCACCAUUCACCGCCGAGGAAAUGAAGCAGAAAUACUUGUCGAGGGCACCGGCGUCUAACACCACAUCCACACCGCCAGCCACUACGCCCGCCACGCCGAAAGAGACCAACAACACCACCCCCGCGAACAGGUCCUUUCAGAGCCGUUUUUUAGGCACAGGUAACCGCGCGGCCCCGCCGCCGCCGACGCAGCCCCCGGCGGCGCGAGAAGAAACCGCCAUAAAGAAGAAAGAGGAAGAGGAGGACGAGGACGAGGAGACGAGUAGCUCCUCGGAGGAGACGGAAUCCGAAACGGAAGAAGAAUCGGAAACCGAUGCUCAUCCUUCGACCACAACCGUCUCGACACCGCCCUCGAGCACUGCACAAGACCGUCAGAGGAACGAGUCCGCGAUGGCGAGGACCGACAUCGGGCCGUUGCUCGCUCGGAGCGCCGAGGCCAGACGCGGUAGCAAGGAAGACUCGCCUACGACCAGGUAUUCGUCGCCGAGAGGAAGUCCCGCGCAUUCGGUGACGAGCCCGACAACGACGACUACGACGACGACACCGAGCGGCGCCGCGACGUUGACAUCGCCGGCCGGCUACACCAGCAGGUUUCUAAACAAGAGCAGGAGCCAGGCAGCGAUGAUGGCCAGUCGGGAGCGAGAAAGAGAACGAGAACGAGAACGAGAACGCGAACGAGAAAGAGAAAGGGAAAGGGAGAGAGAGCGGGAUCGAGACGUGGACACCGAGGUAGAGUCGCCCCUGUCAACGAGGUCACGGUACGCCGCUCUCAAAGAAAGAAGACAACGUCUGGCUCGGUCCAGAAGCUCGCACAAUUUCGGCGGUGACGACCUCGACCUCGACGAGGAGCCACCCUCUCCGACCACACAGUCACCGAACGCCUACUUGGCAGCCAAGUACGGUGCGGGCAGCGAAUUGGCUAGGAGUCGGAGUACCCAUGCUCUCAAGUCGAGGGAACCGAGCCCGGAAAGAGACAGGCCGGGCGCUGAAAAGGACGGUGCAGCAUUGAGCUCGUGGGCACGGUACCUGAAGAACAAGUACGGAAAUCGCACGACCAAGGACAAGGAGCCUUCGUCCACUACCUCGACUAUUCCAUCAUCGAGGUGGGAUGGUGGAAGCACUACCUCGAGGAGGUUAUCGCUCGGGCUACCUCUGAGGCACGCCGGCCAAACAUCCUUCGAAUCUUCUGACGACGAUCAAAAAAACCCGUCAGGCUCCCCCACGUCCCCUACAGCAGCUCCCGUUAUACCCGCGGCAGCAGGUUCCUCCACUAGCAAUGGCCGGAGGAGUCACUAUUUGCUGAAGCGGCGGCAGCUGUUCAAGUUUGGGAUGCGGGGGAGCGAAGCCGGAUGCUUUACCUGGCCGAGAGGCCUCGCUGUUGGCCCUGACAACUCCAUCGUCGUGGCUGACAGCUCUAACCAUCGUGUUCAAGUAUUUGACUGCAAUGGGAACUUCAUGAAGGAGUUCGGAACGUACGGAAGCGGCGAGGGUGAAUUCGACUGCCUCGCCGGGGUGGCCGUGAACAGGAUCGGGCAAUACAUCAUCGCGGAUCGUUACAACCACCGUAUACAGGUUCUCGAUCCUUCCGGUCGUUUCCUGAGAGCCUUUGGCUCCCAAGGGUCGGCAGAUGGUCGAUUUAAUUAUCCUUGGGGGAUCACCACGGAUGCUCUUGGAUUUAUUUAUGUGUGCGAUAAAGAGAACCAUCGCGUACAGGUAUUUCAAUCGGACGGCACGUUCGUGGGUAAAUUCGGCUCCUGCGGGAGCGGACGUGGCCAAUUGGAACAUCCUCACUAUAUCGCGGUGAGCAACACUAACCGCGUGAUCGUCAGCGGUGGGAACAAUCAUCGUAUCCAGAUAUUCGACGUGAACGGCCGCGUGCUGACCUCCUUCGGAUCUGAAGGCUCCGACGAGGGUCAGUUCAAGUUCCCAAGAGGCGUCGCUGUCGACGAUCAGGGCUACAUCAUCGUUGCUGACUCCGGCAACAACAGGAUACAGAUAUUCAGCCCAGAGGGGGCGUUCCUUAAAUCGUUCGGUGGCUGGGGCAGCGGUGACGGUGAAUUCAAAGGCCUAGAGGGUGUUGCUGUCACGUCCACCGGUAACAUCAUCGUCUGCGAUCGCGAGAACCACCGUGUCCAAGUGUUCUGAUCUCAUUUCGUCUCUCUGACACUUUUCGUUAUUAUCUCAUCCAAAAACUAGGAGAAACUUUCGUUUUUUUCUUUCCUUCUCUCUCACAAGAAAUCGAUACACAGCAUUUUCUCUCGUCAAA